UAGCCGAGCCGCGGGAUCCGAGCGGAGCGCGGAGCGGGAGAGGCCGCCGGAUGGAGGAUCACCGGGGAUCUACCGGGAGGAAGAGCAGCCUGUCCGGGAUUCCAUGUAGACCGAGGACCGGUCUGAUCUAGUCUGGAGGACCGGGACCCUUCAGCAGCGUGGCAGCGAGGGAACAUCCUCCAUCCGCAGCGAGCGUGCCCGACAUGGAGCGAUGCGGACUGGGAGGCGUGUGCUACUGGUGAGCGUCGGACAGGAAGCAGCCACGAGGACGAAGGAGUGGCGAGUGGACGAGGUGGCGCCGGGGGAGAGGCGGCGCCGGUGCCCUGGGAAUCAGCGGUGCGGCCCGGGGGGCCGUUUAGGAUGGCCAAUGGCAACGAGAGCGGCGAGGGGCCGGCCGGACCCCUGGCGGGAGCGGCGGCGGCGGGGAGCUCCGCCUCCGCCCUGUCCACCUACGUGAAGCUGGGGCUGCUGGGACUGAUCAUCUGCGUCAGCCUGCUGGGGAACCUGCUGGUCUCUCUGCUGGUGCUGAGGGACCGGGCGCUGCACAAGGCGCCGUACUACUUCCUGCUGGACCUGUCGCUGGCGGACACGGUGCGCGCCGCCGUCUGCUUCCCCUUCGUGCUGGUGUCCAUCCAGAGCGGCUCGGCCUGGACCUACAGCGCGCUGAGCUGCAAGGUGGUGGCCUUCAUGGCCGUGCUCUUCUGCUUCCACGCCGCCUUCAUGCUCUUCUGCAUCAGCGUCACGCGCUACAUGGCCAUCGCGCACCACCGCUUCUACGCCAAGCGCAUGACGUUCUGGACGUGCGUGGCGGUGGUGUGCAUGGUGUGGACGCUGUCCGUGGCCAUGGCGUUCCCGCCCGUUUUCGACGUGGGCACCUACAAGUUCAUCCGGGAGGAGGACCAGUGCAUCUUCGAGCACCGGUACUUCAAGGCCAACGACACGCUGGGCUUCAUGCUGAUGCUGGCCGUGCUCAUCCUCGCCACGCACGCCGUCUACAUGAAACUGCUCCUGUUCGAGUACAAGCACCGCAAGAUGAAGCCGGUCCAGAUGGUGCCGGCCAUCAGCCAGAACUGGACCUUCCACGGCCCGGGGGCCACGGGACAGGCGGCCGCCAACUGGAUCGCGGGCUUCGGCCGGGGCCCGAUGCCUCCCACCCUGCUGGGGAUCCGGCAGAACUUGCACAACCAGAACCGGCGCCUGCUGGGCAUGGAGGAGUUCAAGGCGGAGAAGCAGCUGGGCCGGAUGUUCUACGUGAUCACGCUGCUGUUCCUGGUGCUGUGGGCCCCCUACAUCGUGGCCUGCUACUGGAGGGUGUUCGUCAAGGCCUGCACAAUCCCGCACCGGUACCUGUCCACCACCGUGUGGAUGAGCUUCGCCCAAGCCGGGGUCAACCCCAUCGUCUGCUUCUUCCUGAACAAAGACUUGAAGAAAGGGCUCCUUUCCCGUCUACCAGCCUGCUGCAGGACUAAACCUCAUCUGCCACAAGAGCCUUACUGUGUCAUGUGACGCCGCCGCCGGCCGGGACUUCUGUGUUGGCGGCGUUUCGGUGGAAACGGCGUGAGCUGCUGCGGAGCGGCGGGCGUACGCCAGCCGGCGGUGGUUUGGGGAGCAUGUGUCCGUCUAGCCUUUGGCUGAACUGCCACGUGGAG